GUUUAUUAUUUUCUUAAUUCUCUUUCACAAUAAUAAAUCACCAUUACUAAUGGUUCUCUGAUGGCUUUACAUUUUUUGAAUCCCAAAACGUCGGCGUUUUCCGGGGGUGCUGGCACUGUCAAAAUCAAAAACCCUAAUUUGUAUCUCACUUCCAAAACUUCAAAAUUUGGGGAUUUUUAUUUUUUUCAUUCUUUAUUCCAUAAUUAUGUUCUUCGAAAUUGAAAUUGAGACUAGUUAAGGUUCUUACUGAUUCUCUGGUUGCGUAGGGUUUUAGAGCUUGAAACGUUGACGUUUUGGGUUGGGACAGUGGAAACCCUAAUUCCAAUCAUUGAGAAUUUAACUUCUGCUUCUAGGAAUUAAUUCGAUUAAGUUAGUCAACAAGUGACUAUUUUAUGACUCUGGUUUUUGGUUUAACUAGAAUUGUAAUUUUUCAUAUAAAAGUUUAACAAGAGAAGAUUUUUUUUUUUUUUAAUUGACUUAUGUUAAUCACUUUUUUUUCCCAUGAUUGACAAGUUAUGCGUGCAAAUGUUAGGGCUGUGGACCCAUAGCUUCACCCUUCCUCCUUACUUUUAUAAGGGGGAGCGGUGCCAGUUGAGCUGGAGCUCCUUGAAAUAUUGAUGUUGAGGUGGAUGAGGAUGAGUGGGCAGGACAAAAAACAAAACCAAGAUAUAAGAAAACAGGAAACCUUAAAUGCAAUUGGAUUGAUUGAAACAACACGAUGAUGAAUGCUAAGCAAUACAUUUUUGGCCAGACCCUUGGUCAGAUACCAAACCUUUCAAUCCCGAAUUUCCAGAGUCUAUCCCAGCUGGGAGAGAAUGGCUUAGGUUGUAAACAAGAAGGCUCUGCAAGUUGGUGGCAGGAUCCUUUACCCCAAUACAACAUUUAUGAUGCAAACUCCUAUCAACAAGUAGCCAAGGAUCUUCCUUCCUUGCCAAUUCCCUUAUCUGAGAUUACACCAGCUUUGAGCUUGCAACAUGGCUACUGCAACUCAGAUGCACCUAAGCCUCCUUGUGAUUUUUUUGAUGUUGCUAGCACUGACUUUACCGAGCAUAACAUGGUCAUUACAAAAAACACUGAUCAAUUGCACUUCAUGAAAGGAAAUGAAUGGGAAUAUGCCAAUAUGCUUAUGUCUUGUGAUAUGGAGGAGUUGCAUCCACCAAUGAUUCUUUCUCCUAAGGAGACUUCAAACAUCACUAUGUUUUCCAACGAGGAUGAACUUUCUGAUGCUGGAUUUUUUAACGGAGGACCAGGCUCUCUUCAGGGCAGUCAAAAUUAUGAUUCUGAGGCAUCUGUCAAAUGCCAUUUUCAACAGCAACGACUUGAUCAUGUAAUGCUGUCCCAACUGGAUCCGAUAAAUUUUCAAGGCUGUGUGGAAAAUAACCUUUUAACUCAAUCAAUGGUGCUUCCAUCUGCAUUUAGAGAACAUCCUUCAGAUUUUCUGAUUCCUCAACAUGGUACAUACCAAGUUCCUGUACCUGCUUUGCCUAGCAUGAUCUCCCAUGGAAAGAUCUCAACUCUGGAGGAUAUAGUGCAAUCUUACUCCCUGAAGUCUGAAAAUAGCCAACACCAAUCCCAUCAGUCAUAUGUGCAGUUUGAUAAGUCAUCUACGGCACGGUCAGAACGCUACUUGGUUGAUCAAUAUGAACUUUGCCAUCAAAAUGAAUGUGAGGAACCUCAGUUUUGUUCAGAAAAGUUAGAUGGGGUUCAAAACUCGACUUCAGGAAUUUCCACACGAACUGGUUUGCAGUCAAAAAGAACUGCAAAUAGCCUUCUAAUAGAUUUUUAUUUUAGAGGCCCUGAUGGGCCCAAUUCUGGCAACUAUUUUGAUGUGCUGCCUCCUUUAAAACAUCAGAAGAUGGGAAAUACUUUAUGUACCUCUCCAAAUGAAUAUGACACUUCUCAUCAAUUGGCUCCAUUGUUGGUUCAACCAUGCACUCCUGAAGGACUUCUAGACUUGACCCGAAAGUUUGAUUCUUCUCCAUCUAUUAAUUCUGAAGUUCCCAUGGCGGAUAUGGAAGACAAUGUCAAUGCAAAUUCCAGUAAAUUGGGGUCCAGCACUGUGCCUGUUCUUCCUAUUCACUCCCAGAAGAAGUCUGAAAAGAGCCAACACCAAUCCCAUCAAAAUGAAUGUGAGCAAACUCAGUUUCUUUCAGAAGAGUUAGAUGGGGUUCAACACUUGGCUUCAGGAAUGUCCACGCGAAUUGGUUUUCAGUCAAAAAGAACUGCAAAUAGCCUUUUAAUGGAUUUUUAUCGUAGAGGUCCUGAUGGGCCCAAUUCUGGCACCUAUUUUGAUGUGCUGCCUCCUUUAAAAUGUCAGAAGAUGGAAAAUCCUUUAUGUAGCUCUCCAAAUGAAAAUGAAACUUCUCAUCAAUCGGCUUCAUCGUUGGUUCAACCAUGCACUCCUGAAGGACUUGUAAACUUGAAGCAAAAGUCUGAUUCUUCUCCGUCUAUUAAUUCUGAGGUUCCCAUGGUGGAUAUGGAAGACGAUGUCAAUGCAAAUUCCAGUAAAUUGGGGUCCAGGAGUGUGCCUGUUCUUCCUAAAGAGCUCAGCUUUGAUCAUAAAGAGAAGGAGGUAAAGGUCAGGAGUGAGAUGUAUCAGACAGAUCCAGAAAUAGAAAAUAAAUCUACUGCACCAGAAACUAAUUUUGCGGAAGAAGUUCAGUCAGGGAAUACGAAGAUAUGGGGUGUCUCCUUAACUGAUUUUUUCACAGUAGAGCAAUUAAAGGAACAUAUAUUGAGUUUUAGGAAGUGGGUUGGCAAGACAAUACCAAAGGAAGAAAGGGGAAAUAGUGAAAAUGUAUGUCAGUUGUGUGCAUCAGGAAAUCAAUUUUUUGCCCCUGUACCAAUAUAUUGUUCACGUUGUGGUGCUCGUAUCAAGCGCGGUGUAAUUUACUACUCCACAACAGAUGAAAAUGGUACACGAAAUUGCUUUUGUAACUCAUGCUUUAAGCACUCUCGAGGUGGGAAUAUCAUAUUCCAGGGUAUUUCUGUUUCCAAGGCAGCACUUGUUAAAAAAAAGAAUGAUGAGGAAGCUGAAGAACCGUGGGUUCAAUGUGAUAAAUGUGACCGAUGGCAACAUCAGAUAUGUGCUCUUUAUAAUGAAAAAAGAGAUUUGGAAAAAAAAGCUGAGUACAUAUGCCCCAAAUGCUUCAUAAAAGAAAUAGAAACUGGGAAAUGUGUACCCUUGCCAAAGAAUGGUGUUCUGGGGGCAAAGGAUCUGCCUAGUACCAUGCUUAGUGAUCACAUAGAGCAAAGACUCUUUAGGAGUCUGACACGAGAGAAAGAAGAGAGAGCAAAGUUUGAAGGAAAAAAUCUUGACGAGGUGCCAGGAGCAGAAGAUCUUGUUGUCAGAGUGGUUUCAUCUGUUGACAAACAUUUGAAAGUGAAGAAGCAGUUUUUGGAUAUCUUUGAUGAUGAAGAGUACUCUGCUGAAUUCCAAUACAAAUCAAAGGUGAUUCUUUUGUUUCAAAAGAUUGAAGGAGUAGAUGUAUGCCUUUUUGGUAUGUACGUCCAGGAGUUUGGCUCAGAAUGCAGUCCUCCAAAUCAACGAUGUGUUUAUCUUGCAUAUCUUGAUUCUGUCAAGCACUUCAAGCCUGAGAUAAAAACUAUUACUGGAGAAUGUCUUCGUACCUUUGUUUACCAUGAAAUAAUGUUAGGAUACCUUGAUUUUUGUAAGAAUCGAGGUUUUGCAUCCUGCUACAUUUGGGCCUGCCCACCUUCUGAGGGAGAAGAUUAUAUAUUAUAUUGCCAUCCAGAGAUUCAGAAAACGCCAAAGUCUGAUAAGCUGCGGCACUGGUAUCAGUUGAUGCUGAGGAAAGCAGCCAAAGAAAAUAUUGUGAUCAAUUCUACUAAUUUAUAUGAUAGCUUCUUUGUUCCUACUGGAGAAUGCAAGUACAAGGUUACAGCAGCUCGUUUACCUUACUUUGAUGGUGACUAUUGGUCUGGUGCUGUUGAGGAUGUGAUCAGGCGUCUUGAAGAAAAUAACCCUGGAGAGUCUCAGAAGAAAUUGAAGAAAGUAAUGACAAAUAGAGCUUUAAAAGCCAUGGGACAUGCAAAUCCUUCUGGGAGCACUACAAAAGAUAUUCUAAUCAUGCAAGAAGUUGGGAAAACUAUCUUACCCAAUAAGGAGAACUUCAUAAUUGUCCACUUUCAGUUUAUUUGCACACACUGCUGUGAAGUGAUAUUAUCUGGUCACCGAUGGGUUUGCAACCAGUGCAAAAAUUUUCAGCUGUGUGAAAGAUGCCAUGAUGAGAAGAAAAACCUCUACGGGAUGGACACACAUACUUCUAUGAGCAAGGAUAAGCAUUUACUCUCUCAGGUUAUGGUUGAUGAUGUGCCUUCAGUUACCAAGGAUGAAGAUCUUACUUUAGAUACUGGAUUAUUUGAAAAUAGGCAUACUUUCUUGAGCUUUUGUCAAGGCAACCAUUAUCAAUUUGACACACUUCGGCGGGCUAAGCAUUCAUCAAUGAUGAUUCUGCAUCAUCUCCACAAUCCAACACUGGAAACCACUGAAGCCAACUGCAGCAACUGCCUUAAGGAUUCUGCAGUUGACAAGAACAGAGGAUGUGGGAUCUGCCCAGAGUUAGUCAUCAGUGCUGCAUGUGAUCAAGAGAAAGGACGUUCUUGUCAUAAGCAUGAGUUGAUUCAACGGCUUCCCACAACUUUUCAUGGGGUAGAGGCUAAAGAAGCAAAGCAAAAGACAUCACAUGUUCAUUCUUCAAUAAGAAAAGCGGUUAAAGAGGCAAGCCAAAAGGCAUCGCAUGUCCAUUCUUCAACAAAAAAAGAGAUCUGUAAAAGAAAAUUGCUGGCUGUUUUAGCACAUGCAUUUCAAUGUAAAGCAUGUCCCUGCUCCGACCAAAACUGUCUUAAAAUCAGAAGGCUGUUCCAGCAUGCAAAGAAGUGCACUUCUUGGGUUCGUGGGGACUGUCAACAGUGCACGAAGGGACGGGCAUUACUGAUAUUGCACUCGAGAAAUUGUACAGAACCAGAUUGUCGCAUACCACAUUGCAUGGAUUUGAAGAAACAUGCAGAAGCUCAAGCAUUGCAAACUGAUACUUGGUGCAGGGAUGCCACUUAGAUUUUGUCAGUUAGCAAAGCAUUGAAGGCGGCAGAGAACAGUUGAUUCUCCCAAGUGUACAGAUAGAGCAGGAGGGUUAACAAAAGCAGCAGAAGUGUACAAUUGUGAAGAAACUUCAACCAUACAGUUAGCUAGCAUCUGCAUAGUGGUACAAAUAUAUGUAAAUCAAAAUGUUUACAGUUACUAAUUAUGCAGUUGGUUCAGGAAAUUCAUUCAUGCAAUUAGAUAGCAGCUUCA